AAAAAAUCAUAUAUAACACCAAAAAAAAAAAACAGAUAAAAAUAUAUUUGUUGUUUCGUAGGGAGAGUGAAUCGUAUAAAUCCAUAGAAAGAAAAUUUAAAAAAAAAAAAAAAAAGGUUCAUGAACUUCGGAAUUAUUGAGUGAAUCAUUAUGGGCUUUUGCCUGCCAGCUUAAAAAGGAAGCCCAGUCCAGUACGUUAACGACCCAAAACUCCUACCCGCUUCAAGCUGACGUGGUGGCCUCCUUUCUCCAAUCGUCCUUCAGUCCUCUGCUCCCGCAAAGCAAAACUCCUUUCAGUUUGCAUUGCUCUACGCGACCUUGAUUCAGAAACUUCUAAAUUACGUUAUUGACCUAACUCUAACUCCUUUUUCUCGCCAAUUCGAAUCCCGAAACCCUAAUUAUGAGAAAACAAAGAUCCUAAACCCUAGAAGAAAUGAGCGGGAAUGAGUUCCGUUUCUUUUUGUCCUGCGAUAUCAAUCUCCCAGUAACCUUUCGGAUCGAGAGGUUAGAAGGAACCUUGCGUGCGGCCAAGUCCCCUAGCUCUGAUGUUGAUCCCACUUCCACAACAGAGGAGAGAAGAGCAGAGCUGUAUGUGGAGUGCGCGUUGUACAUUGAUGGUGCUCCGUUUGGCCUUCCCACUAGGACCAGGUUGGAAUCUUCAGGACCAUUAUAUUGUUGGAACGAGCUCAUCACUCUGAGUACUAAGUAUCGAGACUUAACUGGUCAUUCACAACUUGCUUUAACAGUUUGGGAUGUUUCAUGUGGGAAGGAUGAAGGGUUGGUUGGUGGUGCCACGAUUCUUCUGUUUAAUAGCAAAAAGCAACUCAAAACAGGGAAGCAGAAGCUGAGACUUUGGCAAGGAAAAGUAGCAGAUGGGUCAUUUCCUACUUCUACUCCUGGAAAGGUUCCCAGGCAUGAGCGUGGGGAGUUGGAACGUUUGGAGAAGCUUGUGAAUAGGUAUGAGAGGGGGCAGAUCCAGUGUGUUGAUUGGCUGGACCGCCUAGCUUUUAAAGCAAUGGAGAGAAUAAAGGAACGUGAAAGCUCUAGAAAUGGAAGUUUGCAUUUAUACCUGGUUGUUGAUUUCUGUAGUUUUGAGCAUCGUGUUGUUUUCCAGGAAUCAGGGGCAAAUUUCUUAUUACCUUCCCCUAUUGCUUCAACAAAUGAAAUUGUUACUGUCUGGGACCCAGAAGUAGGAAAGAUAAAUCCGUCAGAGCACAAGCAACUAAAACUUGCAAGGAGUUUAACCCGUGGUAUCAUUGACAGGGAUCUUAAACCAAGCUCCAACGAGAGAAAGUCAAUACAAAGGAUUUUAAAAUACCCACCAACAAGGACUUUGAGUGGCGAUGAGAGGCAGCUCCUGUGGAAAUUUCGUUUCUCAUUGAUGUCUGAGAAGAGGGCCCUCACGAAGUUCCUCAGAUGUGUUGAAUGGAGUGAUGUUCAGGAAGCAAAACAAGCUUUAGAACUGAUGGGGAAAUGGGAAAUGAUUGAUGUCUGUGAUGCAUUGGAGCUGCUAUCUCCUGUUUUUGAAAGUGAAGAGGUUCGUGCAUAUGCUGUCAGUGUUCUUGAAAGAGCUGACGAUGAAGAGCUUCAAUGUUACUUACUUCAACUGGUUCAGGCUCUUCGGUUUGAGCGCUCUGAUAAAUCUCGCCUUUCUCAUUUCCUUGUGCAACGUGCAUUACGAAACAUUGAGUUGGCUAGCUUUCUACGCUGGUAUGUUGCUGUGGAACUUCAUGAUCCAGCAUACGCCAAGCGUUUUUACUGUACCUACGAACUACUGGAAGAGAAUAUGAUGAAGUUGGCAGCUGGAAUGCAUGGAGAUGAAGAUGGAUUUAAAUUGUGGCAAAGUUUGGUGCGCCAGACAGAAUUGACUGCACAGUUGUGCUCAAUUAUGAGAGAUGUAAGAAAUGUACGUGGCAAUACCCAGAAGAAGAUUGAAAAGCUUAGACAGCUGCUUUCUGGUCUUCUUAGUGAACUUACGUAUUUCGAAGAGCCAAUAAGAUCACCACUGGCUCCAGGAGUCCUCAUCACUGGGAUUGUGCCAUCUGAGUCAUCAAUAUUCAAAAGUGCAUUGCAUCCUUUACGUUUGACUUUCCGAGCAGCAAAUGGGGGAAAUUGCAAAAUCAUCUUUAAGAAGGGGGAUGAUAUUCGCCAAGAUCAAUUGGUUGUUCAAAUGGUAUAUCUCAUGGACCGAUUGCUGAAAUUGGAAAAUCUUGAUCUGCACUUAACUCCAUAUAGGGUUCUUGCGACUGGGCAAGAUGAAGGAAUGCUGGAAUUCAUACCAUCCCGUUCAUUAGCACAGAUUCUCUCAGAGCAUAGAAGCAUCACAAGCUACCUGCAGAAAUUUCAUCCAGAUGAGCAUGGACCGUUUGGCAUUACUGCCACCUGUCUGGAAACAUUUAUAAAGAGCUGCGCUGGCUACUCUGUUAUCACAUAUAUACUGGGCAUUGGAGACAGGCAUCUUGACAACCUUCUCCUUAGAGAUGAUGGACGUCUUUUCCAUGUUGAUUUUGGCUUCAUUCUUGGUCGUGAUCCAAAGCCAUUUCCACCACCAAUGAAGCUAUGCAAAGAAAUGGUUGAGGCUAUGGGUGGAGCUGAAAGCCAGUACUAUACCAGGUUCAAAUCCUACUGUUGUGAAGCAUACAACAUUAUUCGCAAAUCUAGUAACCUAAUCUUGAACCUGUUUCAUCUAAUGGCGGGUUCCAACAUUCCUGACAUAGCUUCGGAUCCUGAAAAGGGCAUCCUCAAGCUCCAGGAGAAGUUCCGGUUGGAUUUGGACGAUGAAGCCUGCAUACAUUUUUUCCAGGAUUUAAUCAAUGAGAGUGUUAGUGCAUUGUUUCCUCAAAUGGUCGAGACCAUUCAUCGGUGGGCUCAAUACUGGCGCUGAUCCUCAAAAUAAGUUGGGUGCCGUCUACAUCUUUGAAAUCUAUCGGUCCAGAUCUGAGAGCUCCAUCAAGAUGAAAGGGAUAUGCUUGAAACAGAGGAAGCAAUAUUGUGCAUAGCUGUAUAUAAAUUGUAUUUUUCUUUCACCUUCUGGUGUAGGUUUGGUCAAAGAAAGACUCAAGAUGCAGCAUGUAACUUAAACGACUAACUUUAUACCCCCAAAAAAAUAAACUUAAUUGAAUACCUGUAUAUAAAUUAAUUGAUUUCCUUUUA